CCGGAGUCAUACGUCACUGGGUCACAUGAUCACAACAAACCAUUUUACCGCGAAGCUGCUCCUCUGCCGCCGAUCAGGCAGGAUCCUCCGGCUUCUGACGGCUCCAGUUCGGCUCCAGUUCAGCUCCAGUUCAGCUCCAGUUCGGUCCGUCGCUGCUCCGUCAGGAUGUUCUGUGAGAAAGCCAUCGAGCUGAUCCGGGAGCUGCACCGGAUGACUGACGGACAGCUGCCCGCUUUUAACGAGGACGGUCUGAGGCAGGUUCUGCAGGAGAUGGAGGCUCUAUAUGAGCAGAACCAGGCUGAUGUGAAUGAAGCGAAGACCGUGGGCCGCGCCGACCUCAUCCCCUCCAUCAAGCUGCGUCACAGCUGCCUGCUGAGGAACCAGCGCUGCAUCGUGGCCUACCUGUACGACCGGCUGCUGAGGAUCAGAGCGCUGCGCUGGGAGUACGGCAGCGUGUUGCCCGCCAACGUACGCUUUCACAUGUCUGCAGAGGAGGUGCAGUGGUUCGGUCAGUAUAAAAAGUCUCUGGCCUCCUUCAUGCGCUCCAUCGGUGGAGAGGAAGGUCUGGACAUCACGCAGGACAUGAAGCCUCCAAAGAGCCUCUACAUCCAGGUGAGGUGCUUGAAGGAUCAUGGAGAGUUUGAGAUUGAUGAUGGAACGGUGAUCCUCCUGAAGAAGAACAGCCAGGUGAGAACCGGAUGUUUUUUAGCCGUUAGCUUUCUGAUGCUACAGUAAUGCUAAUGUUAGCAU